UGAGUGUUAUUUUACCGCUGCAGUCUCCACCUCCCAGCUGUGCCUGAAGUGAUGUGAGUCUUCCCAGAGACCCCCUGCCCCUGGUGUGAUGUCUCUCUGCCGCUUUGAAAUUCUUAAGCACCUUCUGGAGGUGCAACAUCACACCUCUUCAUCCAGGAUAUAUUGGGGUGCUGCCUCCAGCUCUCCAGCAUUCACUCAGGUACUAGAGAACAAGAAGGAAACAUCUCAACUUUGAGAAGAUCAAAACCAUGGAGUUGAACUAUUCUCUUCAUAUGCUCCAGGGAGCCAGAUGCCAGUCUGAAUAUGAGCGAUCAUCUACCACCACUGAUGCUGGGUACUUCAGUGCCUGUGGCAGUCUUUCUCCAAGUCCCUCCAUUGAUUCCGGAUGUUUUUCUCCUCCUGUGAGCUGCUGGGGAGCUGGAAGACAGCCAGAGGAUGCUGGGAAAAAUUACACUGACUGCGUACCAGCUAAAAAACCCAGAUUAGCUCUACCUGCUGAUGGAAAGAGACGUUCCAGGUCCAAAUACCCUGGAACCAAGCGUCAGACGGCCAGUGAAAGAGAGAAGCUCAGGAUGAGGGAUUUGACCAGGGCUCUCCAUCAUCUCCGAAACUACUUACCUCCUUCUGUGGCUCCUCCUGGACAAACCUUGACCAAGAUUGAGACCCUUCGCCUCACUAUUAGCUACAUCUCGUAUCUCUCUGCUCUGCUGGAACAGUCCGAGGAGACCUCCAACCAUGAAACAACACCAAGAUGCUACUCACAAGAUACCUCAGACAGGCUUCAGAAUGAUCUGCUUUCAGAAAUGUGGUGUCUGGAUGAGCAACAGGGACUUGUGCAAAAUGUCCAGCGUUGCCCAACAUUUAUGACCUUCAGUGAUUUAACACAACUGAUGGAAGACAACUUUCCUGCUACUUCACACUUCAGAGAUGCACAAUCCUAUAUGUUUCCCUGGCCUGCACAACAACACGUGAUGCUACAAUCAGCCAUCAGUAUUUCCAAUAAAGAAGACAGAGGACUGGAAAUGAGGCUACCUUACACUAAAAUCAGAUGA